UUGCAUCAUGUAAUUUGAAUUUCUGUGUGCUCCACGGCCAUAAACUCCCUUAAAUGUGCAGGCACUGAGAAGAGGCCUGAUCCUGCCUUUACCUAACCCUCCUCAUCUGCAGCAUGGUGGAGGUAGCCUCCUGUCUGCAGUCAGCCGUACAUCAGUGCAGGUGGAGGCUGUGUUAUAUGUCUUUAUUUACACUCUUCUCCUCUCUGUCCGUUGGCAUGACUUCAGCUCAAAUCUGCCUGUCCUCCAGUCCCGUGCUCACAGGCAACAAAAACAUGCAUCCGAGCAUCUGGCUGGACCCAUCCAGGCCUGAUCUCUGAUGCAUCUGAUGUACCCCCCCUCCCUUCAGCAUUUCUCCUCCUCAUUGGCUAAAUGAGCAGCUGUGCCAGGAGACCGAAACCCAUGAUGCUCCCCUUUUGGCUUCCAUUAGUGCCGUGUGAUCCAUCUGGUCGCAGGUCCCUCCAGGGAACAGUGACCUACUGUAGCUAAUUGCUCUUCCUCUGCAGCGUGCACUGUAUGGAGUGUUAUUGUGGAUUUGAAUAGCCUCACAAAUGCAAAUAGAAGCGCUGCGGCUGGGAAGCUGUUUGACUGUGUAACUGUGUGGCUAUCAGGAACAGGAAGUGCUGCUUCCGACUGAAAGCUUGAUAUGAUGUGCUGUGUGUGUGUGUGACCCCAGUUGGCCCUUAGCUAAAGGAUACAUCUCCUGCCAGUCUUGGAUAUAGUUGUGUUGAUGUUUAGGUGCCGCAGUAGCCUCAGAUGACAGGAAGAACCAUAAAAUGACUGUCCAAGUUGUGACCUGACACACGACUUGUGAGUGCAGAGUGUAACAAGUGGCUUUAAAGGGAGUGUUCGCUCAGUAUCUGCUGCCUGGCUGCGAUGCAGGCUGCUCGAUAGCAGCUUUGUCAUUCCAGAUUAUUCUCCUCAGUUAAACCAGGCAUGGUUGCACAGCCAUAAACAGAUUACAAGGUUUUUUUCUCACUGUGUGGGGUUCAGUAAACCUUAGAGAUUAAAAUGUGUGGGGGUUUUUUUAUUUCAUUAUUUCUUUUCCAAAUGUGGGACAAACAGUAUUUUAAGCAAAUUAUUUGACUUAAUUGCUUAAUUUGUGAUGAAAGUGGAUUCUUGGAUUACUGGAUUAUGAAAGCGUGAAACUUUGCUAAACAGAAAGGGCAGUCAUUUUUAUGAAUUCUGCAGUUGAUACCUCAUGUAAAUCAGAGUGCGAUAUUUGAACAGGUGACGGCUCGGACAGAUCCAAAAUGAGUGAGCUGGAGCAGCUUCGUCAGGAGGCAGAGCAGCUUAGGAACCAGAUAAGAGAUGCCAGGAAAGCAUGUGGGGAUUCAACCCUGACACAGAUAACUGCUGGCCUGGAUCCCGUGGGGAGGAUCCAGAUGAGGACGAGGCGUACCCUGCGGGGCCACCUCGCUAAGAUCUACGCCAUGCACUGGGGUUCAGACUCAAGGCUUUUGGUCAGUGCCUCUCAAGAUGGAAAACUGAUCGUGUGGGACAGCUACACCACUAACAAGAUCCACGCCAUCCCCCUGCGCUCCUCCUGGGUGAUGACCUGUGCGUACGCCCCCUCCGGGAACUACGUCGCCUGCGGAGGCCUCGACAACAUCUGCUCCAUCUACUGCUUGAAGACUCGCGAGGGCAACGUCAGGGUCAGCAGGGAGCUACCUGGCCAUACAGGUUACCUGUCAUGUUGCCGUUUCAUUGAUGACAAUCAAAUCAUCACGAGUUCAGGAGACACCACAUGUGCUCUGUGGGACAUCGAGACGAGUCAGCAGACCACGGUUUUCUCGGGCCACAGCGGCGACGUCAUGAGUCUGUCCCUGUCGCCCGACCUCCGCACCUUUGUGUCGGGAGCCUGCGAUGCCUCAGUCAAGCUGUGGGACAUCAGGGACAGCAUGUGCCGGCAGACCUUCACAGGCCACGAGUCGGACAUCAACGCCAUCUGUUUCUUUCCCAACGGCAGCGCCUUCGCCACAGGCUCCGACGACGCCACCUGCAGGCUGUUUGACCUGCGUGCAGACCAGGAGCUCAGCCUCUACUGCCAUGACAACAUCAUCUGUGGCAUCACCUCCGUGGCUUUCUCACGCUCCGGCCGCUUGCUGCUGGCUGGUUAUGAUGACUUUAACUGCAACAUCUGGGAUGCCAUGAAGGGAGACAGAGCAGGAGUCCUGGCCGGCCAUGACAAUCGUGUGAGCUGUCUGGGUGUGACGGAUGAUGGCAUGGCGGUGUCCACCGGCUCCUGGGAUAGCUUCCUUAAGAUUUGGAACUGAGCCAUGCACAUAAGCUACACACACACACACACACACACACACACAGCUCCGAUCUUGGGCCACAGUUUGCACCCUGUAUUCACUGUAUGUAAGAUUCAACAGACAAACUGCAACAUUGUACUGUACAUAAUAUAUAUGACUUAGGUAUGAGUUUACACAAACACACACACACUGUAUGCAGGACAAGACGACACCAGAGCUGAACACAUGCCCACACUACCUACAGCUGAUUUAAGUGCACAGCAUCAAGGCUACAGUACUACACACACACACACACACACAAACACACACACACACACACACAUAAUCUGUAAAAAUGUGACCAAAUACAGUUGGAUCUUCAGCUGCUCAAAUAAACACACAAAUGCCACUAUGACCUGAAGCCUUUUAACACGUCGAACACACUCAUUCACGCACACACACAGACACACACUUUUACCUGAGAGACACUGCUCCUCCAGUUAAACAGGGGAGAAGACGUUAUUGGACAAUUCUGUCUUUGUUUACAAUGAAGUCCAAAAUGCACUUCAGACAAAUUUUUCUGUACUAUUUUUGUCUCGGUACCACACGUAUCUCAGUGAUGCUAAUGUGGAGGAAGAACAGUCAUGGAAGAGAACAGACAUGCGAGUCCAUUAAUACUGAAAAACAAAUCACCACUGACAGACAGGAUGGACCGAUGCUCGGCAGAGUCCGGGGAAAACGUCAACUCUUAUCUUCAUCUGGCUCAAAACAUCAUGUAGUCACUGUUUUUAUAGAUAUGUACCCCCACAUAAAGUACAGUACAUUUGCUCUUAAGUUUUUGUUUUAUUCAGCCUUUUUUUUUUUUUUUACACUUAUUUUGUUCAUGUUCUCCCUGUGUGCCUCAGAUACACUUUAAGGAUUAUUAAUAGAGAAUAUUGAUAAAGUUAAAUUAACAAAAACAAAAGAUCUGAGAUUCAGAAAGUGGGUGAAAAAUAAAAGCAUUAUAAGACACAUCUUAAUAAAGCAGGAGCCAGUAUUCAUACUUUGACUUUGUCAAUGUAUUAUCUGGAUGUAACAAUGGUAUAAUUGUACAUAAUAUUA